GUUAGAGGAGGAAUUUAUUCACAAGGCUGGAUAUCUUUAACGUCUUUCGGAAACUUCUAGGGGAGAGUGGGUACCUGUCGAGACCACAGAAUGUUCAGUGGACAGAAAUAUUUCUGCCCUGGAAUAAAGGCGCUCCGCACGAUCCUAGAGGACUGGCUCGUUCGCUUGCUCGGCCUCAGAUUGGUCGAGCCUGCCCAGGCUGAGGGAAGAAAGCGGAACCGCGCUCUUUCAAAUUCGCCGUCUCAACGUCGAUGGACGCAGGCCACUUCCGGUGUAGCCAUGGCGGCUAACGCUACCACUAACCCGUCGCAGCUGCUGCCUCUAGAGCUUGUGGACAAAUGUAUAGGAUCAAGAAUUCACAUUGUGAUGAAGAGUGAUAAAGAAAUUGUUGGCACGCUUCUGGGAUUUGAUGACUUUGUCAAUAUGGUACUGGAAGAUGUCACUGAAUUUGAAAUCACACCAGAAGGAAGAAGGAUUACUAAAUUAGACCAGAUUUUACUAAAUGGAAAUAAUAUAACAAUGCUGGUUCCUGGAGGAGAAGGACCUGAAGUAUGAAUGGAUUCCCUUGACUUAUGCUAGAUUCUGUUUUGUCUCAUAAUGACAACAAAAUAGCAAAUUUUUUUUAAACCUUUCAAUGUUUGGAUUCUGUGAAGCUAAGUUUCCCGUUAAAGGGGAAUGCUUUGAAGAGGCAUUGUAAAUGCCAUUUUUGUAAGUUAAUCAUGAUUAUCUUGGAAAAAAGAACCAUUUGUUCUUUGAAGACUAAAAUAAAGGUGUUUUUGGUUAAUUGUCAUUUUAUUUAUUAUAUUGCAAUAGCCAGUGGAACAAAGCUUGCAUUUUUGUCAAUUGCUUUCUUGUCAUUUUAUGCCUGUUUGUUUCCUCAUUUGCAUGACCAUUUGAUUCUCAAACAAAAAUUGUUCCAAACAAAAUGACAGACUUUGAAUUUGGACAGGUACAUUUAAAAAACCUGAAACGAUUACUUACACAGUUCAAUUCAAGCUGUGAUGCUUUGAAAUGAGGAUUUUUCUCCUGAACUCAAGCUGUUAACUCCUAUUAAAAACAAACAAGCAAAAUACACGGGUAGUAAGUAUAUACACAUUGUGGAAGUGUAGAUUAGUAAAAAGGAAAAUGUACUUUGCUAUAUAUCCUCCUAUACUGUUCUCUGUACUCUCUUAGUACACAUUGUUACAAAAACUUGGUCACCCUGAAUAUAUUGUUUUGUAGCCUUCAUUUAUGACUUUUUUUGAAUUUAAAUGCCAAACAUCUUUCUUUGUCAGCUGUUUCAGCAAUUAAUGUGUGCAUAGUAUUUCAUUAAAUGGAUUUAGCAUAACUUACUAGGUAGGUGCAAAAAUAAUUGUGGUUUUUGCAAUUGUUAACCUUUUAAACCGUAAUUACUUUUCCACCAACCUAAUAUUUAGCCUAUUCUUAUUAUUGGCCAUAGUAAUCUAAAUCUUUAUACAUUUUUAUUUUUCUUCGAAUAAAUUCAGAAAUGUGUAAGAUCAAA